CAAAGCACCGCCGAGCGUUGGCGCUACAACACAACACAGCAGAAGAAGUGUGAACACUUCAGUAGAUUUACGGAUGCAGGGAAAUGGGUCUGCCUGAAUCUUGCUGACCUUUAAUGCUGACUGGCCCCUCCAGCCAUCUAACAACAUGCAAGGAUUCUACUCCAAGCUCGACUCCUCCCCUUCUUCGUCCCCCUUGUUGGGGCCUGGCCUCAGGGGAGAUGGUGCUCCCGUACCUCUCAGCCUGGCUCUGGAGACGGAGAGAGCUCAGGCCCUACUGCAGACUUUCAGUUCCGCCUCCCUGCUGGCAUCGGCAGGACUCGGGAUGUUCUGUGUGGUGGCAGACCACGCCCUCCAGCUGUCUGUCAUACAGCAACACUUGUGGCUGCGUGCUGUCUUGGACAACGCCACGCACGGAUUGGUGGGGCUGUGGUCAUGGGCGGUUGUUAUUGGACUGAGGAAAAAGAGCGAUUUAUAUGAGGUGUUACUCGCAGGGCUCCUGGCAUCAAUCAUAGACCUGGACCACUUCUAUAUGGCUGGAUCCUUAUCACUCAAGGCUGCUGUCUCACUCCCUCAGCGUCCACCGCUGCACUGUUCCUCUCUCAUUCCCAUCAUCUGUCUCACUCUCCGGUUCCUCAUGUGGCUCGGGCGCCUCAAAGACGCUUGGUGCUCCUUGCCAUGGAUGCUUUUCAUUUCCAUGGCGACACACCACGUCCGGGAUGCGGUGCGCCACGGCCUGUGGGUGUGCCCAUUCGGCAACACGGCACCGAUCCCAUACUGGUUAUACGUCAGCACCACGGCGACGCUCCCUCACCUGUGUUCAGUGCUCAUGUACCUGACAGGAACCAGAGAUGUGAUAUCCACUAAACACGGGGUGGCCAUCGAUGUUUAAGGCGUCACCAACUUUGGAUCACCUUUGGAUAAAAAUGCUCUUAGCUAUUUAAAAUAAUUAUCAAGUACCUUUAAAUUCUGAAGAACACGUAUAUAUGGCUAUGAAGACAUUUUUCAGUUCAUGUGACAUAAAUAAUGAAAACUUUUUUUUUUCUUUUCUCACAAAAGGAUGAGAAAGCUCAUUAUAUUAUAAUGAAAAAAGUAAACGUAUGACUUUUCAUUGGUGGAGAUGGCUGUAAAAUAUUAAAUUAGCUUUUUGAAAUGGGAACAUCCCAAUAUAAGUGCCAAUCUCAGUUUUGUUUGUUUGUUUGUUUGUUUGUUUUCCUUUUCAUGGCAUGGAUUUGUAUCAGAAUCCUCUUCAGUAACCUGGGGACUAAAUGGGAAGAUGUGAACCCUCUUUUUACUCAUAUUUUUUUUACCAAGGCUUGCCCAACUUUUUGCUCACCUACACAACACCUCAGAGACUUAAACCCCGAUGGAGGUUCAUCACUUUUACUGUCACUAUCCAGCCUCAUUCAAAGGGCGCUGAAGGAAACGUCAACCAAAGGCAAAAUCAACUCCAGGCUCUGCAAGACUUCUUUCAGUUUCACUCUUAGUGCACCUCAAAACUGUUUUUCUUUAUAUUGCAUUAAAAAUCUGCCCACAUGCAGUUCUUUAAUUCCCAUGUCUAUUACCAGCAGCCAAACAAAAUGUUGUCUUUGGCUGUUAAUGUUUGUAAUAUCCAGCCAGCUGUCAACACACUGCAACUUUCAUUUUCCUGCCUGGAGAAGCCUUAAUGUGCACUCAGUCAUAACUUUUCCUGUAAUGGUCAGUUUUUAGAAAUCAGUUUGUAGUGUAAGUUGAGCCAGCCACAGAAAUGGAUAACAUCAAGUCUCCAUAACAUGCUGGUGUUUUUUUUUUUUUUUUUCUUUUUUAAAAUUGUACUAAAAAUUAUUUUAGCAGCUUGAUAUGGCACCUGGAUUGUUUUGAUUUUGCUGACAUAGACACUUCCUUAUUCCAAAGGUGAAACUUUGCCAACAGUGAUUUAUCUGUUGCUCAGAGGCUUCUUUACUGUGCACGUCAAUCAUCACAGGAAGGGAAUGAUUCCACUUUUAAGACAUGCUGUAGUAAAGAUGCUCAGUUAGGUUUUGGCUUCCUGCUGUUAUGGAUUUCUUUGACGGCUUCAAGCUCGGCCCUCGUCGUUUGAGCAAAAACUAUGACGGAUGAGUAAAGUCGGUGUGAUUCCGUGUCCUGACUGACAUCUUGUUUUUACACUAAACAUGAGCAGAACAGCGGACAGCAUGGAGUGAAACUUGAAAAGAGUUGAGUUUAGAUUUAGUUAAUCAAAAUGCAAGAAAGGGGACAUGAUGUGUUAAUUAUCUGUGCAUGGUUCCAGCAUUUUUCCUCCUAUAAUGCUGCCAUAUUUAUAUGGCUAACAGAGUGAGGUACAGUCUGUAUCAGGGGUGUCCAACUCCAGGCCUCAAGGGCCCGUGUCCUGCAGGUUUUAGAUCUCACACUGGGUCAACACACCUGAAUCAAAUGAUUAGUUCAUUACCAGGCCUCUGGAGAACUUCAAGACAUG